CCUACCCGUUCCUACAUCAGCACACGGUUGCUUUCCUUAUCGGCGCUCACAUCCCGCUUUCGGGCCGUAACCCCAUGCUGCAGGAGGCGCUUGGCAUCCGCCCGCACAUCCUGGUGCUGAACAAGAUGGACCUGGCUGAUCCCCAUCAGCAGCCGAAAGUCUUGGAGCAGCUGAAGCAGGAGGGAUGCUCGCAUGUCGUCUUCACUGACUGCCAGCGGGAUGGCAACGUGAAGAAGAUUGUUCCCCUGGUUGCCAAGCUGGUCAGCAACAGCCCACGCUAUCAGAGGGCCGAGAACGUGGAGUACUGCAUCCUGGUGAUUGGUGUGCCAAACAUGGGCAAGUCAUCGCUCAUCAAUUCCCUGAGAAGGCUGCACCUCAAAAAGGGAAAAGCCACUGCGGUUGGUGGCGAGCCAGGCAUCACCAAAGCGGUGCUGACCAGAAUCCAGGUUUGUGAGAAGCCCCUGAUGUACCUGGUGGACACGCCAGGCGUGCUGCCUCCGAAGCUGGGGGAUAUGGAGACAGGCAUGAAGCUGGCACUGUGCGGAGCCAUCCGUGACCACCUUGUGGGGGAGGACAUCAUGGCCGAUUACCUGCUGUACACGCUGAACAAGCAUCAGCAGUUCAGGUACGUUCAGCGCUAUGGGCUAGCUGAGGCCUGUGAUGACAUCCAGCAUGUGCUCAAGCGCGUGGCACUGACCCUGGGCAAAACACAGAAGGUGAAGGUGCUCACAGGCACAGGGAACGUCAAUGUGACGACGCUGGACUACUCGGCCGCUGCCUAUGAGCUCAUACGGGCUUUCCGGGCAGGACAUUUGGGCAGGGUGACACUGGACUGAGCCCUGCCCCAUGUGGGACAGGGCCUGCGUGUGGGCUCCCAGAGGGAGCCACUGGGUAUCCCAGGAGCAGCGAAGAAGCAAGAAGCUCCUGGCAGACCUCUCAAGGCGGCUGGGCAUCCCUCACCUCCCAAAGAGCCGUGCUGCUGUAGGGACUGCCUUCAGCCCUGCGCGCUGCACGGCACAGGGCUGUCUGAACACCGAGCCCCGUUCCCAUGUGAGCAGGGCCGUUCCUGUAUGAGCCCCGUUGUCUUCCACACAGCGCUGAGGCCUCAUGGAGUUGGUAUCUCAGCCUGGAGCUUUUUGUAACCAAGCUGUGGUGUGUGAUUAAAGUGGCUUCUCUAGUCUCUG